AUGUCUGAAGAUCUUCUUGAUAGAGAUGUCACAAGUCUUUCAACAACUAAUGGUCCAACAAAUGGAAAUUCUAUGAGACAAACACAACAAAUGAAUCAAAGUCAAUUUCAAUUUACAUCAAGAUAUGUAAAAACAUUAUCCUCUACACUUCAACUAUUAUAUAAUAAAGAAUCAAAAACUCCAGUUGUUAAUUUAUGGAUUGAUAGUAAUGGAAUUAAAUUGUUUAUAGAAGAGAAAGGUGUGUUUCAGUGUAUUGUGUUUUGGCAAAGAGAUUUAUUUGAAAUAUAUGGAUUUGAAGAAAAAGAUCAAGAAAUCAAUUUACGAUUACCAUUAAAAGAUUUAUUAGUAUUCUUUGAGUCUGCACUUAUUCAAACAGAAUCAAGGGUUGAUAUUUAUAUUUUAGAAACUAGUUCAGUAUUAUUGCAACUUCGAACUAGAAUUACAACUGUUAGAAUGAAAAUAUCUACUUAUUCACAAGAUGCCUAUAAUAAUAGGGUAUUUGAAUUUAGUACUUACAAAGGAAUAUUACAUAUCUCUGCCACUUCAGUAUCAUUAAUGCCAUCAUUUAGAUCAUUAGAAUGGAAUCAUAUGUAUAUUACAUUUGAAACAGAUAUUCAUGGGAAAUUAAUGAUAUCAUCACAAUCACCUUCAGAUUCUAUUACUACAACAUAUUCAUCUCAAACAUUUGUUCAUUUUGAAUGUCUAGCUAAUGUCACAGCACGAUAUCAUUUGAAUUAUUUUAGAGCUAUUAAAAAGGCAUUAGACCAAUCAAAAAAGGUUAUAAUAUUAAUGAAUUCAAAUAAAAUGUUAUAUAUUGAGUGUACUUAUGAAUCAGAUGACAAAGAAGUUUCUGCAGAAAUUGCAUUUUAUGUUUGUGCACAAGUUAGUGAUGACAUGAUUCAUGAAGAAGAGCCUCAACAACCAAACUUAGACCAACACAUAGAAGAAGAAGAACAUGACCCUCCUUUAAUACUUAAAAAUGAAGAUGAAUUAAAUGAAGAACAACCAACAAUAAUAGAAAGUAAUGAGUUGUAUGAUGAAUGA